AUGCGUAAUGCAAGGAAGAGUGGUGUUGUUCUUAGAAGCGGAGGAAGAGGAGGAGGAGAAGGAGACGGAGACGGAGGAGGUAGUAUCGUUGUUUUCGGAAGCGGUGUAGCAGGCGGAGGUUGUGAUGGCAGAGUAGCAGUAGCCAUUGACAAGGACAAAACAAGUCUAAGUGCUCUGAAAUGGGCAAUUGAUAAUCUUAUAACAAGGGAUGAAGCUGUCAAACUCAUCCAUGUUAAAGAAUUCCCUUAUAAUUCUGCACCAGGGAGAAAAGAUGAGCCUUCUUCGCAGGAAGCAGUUAUUGACAGUAAUAUUUUACAAUUAUUUCUUCCGUUUCGAUGUUAUUGUCGCCGUAGACAUGUGCGGUGUGAGCCUGUUGUGAUUGAGGAUGUGGACGUAGCCAAAGCCCUCACUGACUAUGUUUACCAACAUAGAAUUCAAAUAUUAUUGCUGGGUGCUGCAUCCAAGAAUGGCCUUAUCAGACUAUUCAAGACGACAGAUAUUCCAGCAAAUGUAUUAAAAUGGGCACCAGAUUUCUGCACAGUAUAUAUAGUCUCAAAAGGAAAGAUAAACACCGUCCGGAACGCCACUCGUCCAGUCCCAACGGUGUCUGCUGGUGGAGCUCUGUCGCUGCCUCCUCGUGAUAACUCGUACGCACUUUUUAUCAAUCCUAGAAAUCAGAGAUGGUAUGAUGAGUUAUCAACGGCUGAUAUGGAAAAUUCAGUACCAUACGCAGGAAGGCCAAGCACAGACAGCAAUUUCUUUAAAUUUUAUGAAAAUCUUGGAUGUGAAGUCAGCAGAGAAACUUCUCGGAGAGAUUGUGAUGUGUAUGAGCCAUUUACGACGAAUGACAAUGAGAGACCGUCAUGGUCUUCUUCAGAUAAUCAUAUGAUUUCAGAUUCUAUUCUCUUAAUUCACAUUUUACUGAAACAUACAUUGGACGUGGAAUUUCAGGAAGAAUAUGAAGAAGAAACGAGAAGACUAAAGGUAGAGCUAAAGCAAACAAUAGACAUGUACCAUGCAGCCUGCAAAGAAGCACUUACAGCAAAACGAGAAGCAAGAGCAGCCAAAAAGAAGGCUGCUCAGCUUGAAGAAUGGAAAAGAAAAGAAGUGAGAAAGUUAGAGGCAAAUUUAGCUGAAGAAAAAGAAUUGGGCAUGGUAGAGAGAGAGAAAACAAAGAGCAAAGUUGCAAUUGAGGCAGCUGAAGCAGUUGAGAAGCUUGUUGAGAUGGAAGUUCAAAAGAGAUUGGAUGCAAAAAUUAAAGCUCUCAGGGAGAAUGAGGAAAAGCUUAAAGUUUUAGAUGCUUUAGGCCAAUCCCAUAGUGUUCUUGAAUAUCAGAGCUUAUUUCACAUGAUUGCUGUUUUGUUUUUGUUUUAUUUUUACUUCUCUGUGUCCAACUGA